CCAAUAACGAGUCUCGUUGCAUUGGCGACAGAAUUCGAUCAGCAGAGAUGGCGGCGGUGGCAUCUGCUGCGAUGGUCAACAACGUGAUGGCUCACAUCCCAGGAAUUCACUCGAGUGGUGUUGACGAAGGGAUGCAAGAUGACGACUGGGAAAUGCCUCUCCUCUUCAUGACCACCAUGCCAAUCAAUUUCCAGCAUAACGCUGACGUGGCAGCCAUGACGACGUUUUCGGCCGACUAUGAAGACAGCGACAGCGAACCGAGAAAGUUGCCCCCGAAAGCGGGCAAGAUCCAAGAAAGGGGUAAAUAUCGAGCCCAGUCCCGCAAGCAGUCGAAUCCAUACGCAAGACCGAUGUCGCGCCCCACCGUUGCAGACUUACAACUGGACCUCGUCAAGAUGUAAUAUUGUGUCAUAUUUAUACAUUCCUGCGCUUCUUGAUGCGCGACAUGACUUUGGCUCACAAAUGUCCGGCG